AGUGAAUUCCCGUGUAUUUUACGUUAUUCCUGAGAGAAUGAGCUGGACGGAUGCACAGACGUACUGCAGACAGAAACACGCUGAUCUCGCCACCAUUGACGACCAGGUGGAACAUGCUGAGCUGGUGAAAACUUUCUCCAACUUUACAGAAGACAUGUGGAUUGGGCUCUAUCGGACGUCAGGGACUUCUCCCUGGAUCUGGUCCGAUCAGAGCGAAUCCGGGUUCAGAUUUUGGGCUAGCAGACAGCCAAACAAUUUAGGUGGAAAACAGUUCUGUGUGCACACUUUACCUGAUGGAUCCUGGAACGACUUUGAUUGUCUGGAAAAAAAGGCAUUUAUAUGCUAUGAAAUGAAGAGACAGAUUGUGCGAUUGGAGGUGAAAUCAAGUCCAAAUUUGAUUUUGAAUGAUCCCGAAGUGAAGAAAGAGAUUUUAUUGAAGAUAGAGCAGAUACUGAAAGAGAAAGGACUGACAGAAGAAGCCAAACUGUCAUGGAAAGUGAUUUCUGGAGAAAAUGUCUUUCAGAGAACGUGUUGUCAGAAGAAUGACGUUUCUAAGACGCCUUGCGGCACGAACUGACCGUCCUUAGCAAGAGCUGGGUUGCUAAAGCUGCAAAUAAUUUGUAUGUUUUGUAUAACAAUAAAUCAUCCUGAC